AUGAAGCCGUCAAUUUUUGUCGCCGCGGCACUCGCCGUGCUCGCUCAGGCUAUGCCGGAUAGCUCCAGGACAGCAAGGCACAACGGGAUUUUUGGGCGAUAUGUAAAGGGCAAGCAAAAGCCAAUCACCUCGCCUGAGCUCGGUACAUCAACAGUUCAGGGCUGCUUCAACUCCUCGGGCAGCCUUGUUUUCCAGAAGACGUUCCAGUGGAACAGUAUUGGCAAGUGCGGCGAUGAGCUCUGCCGCCCAAAGGGCUUCCCAGCUGGCGCUACGAUGGGCGGCAACCAGUGCUUCUGCGGGCAAAAGUACCCGCCGAAGGAGACAUUGGUGGAUCCCUCCCACUGUGAUGCUGGGUGCACAGGUUUCGGCGAGGAUUCAUGUGGUGGCCCUAAUUUCUGGACCGUUUACAACACUGGUAUCGAUCUUGCGGUGGAUUAUCUGGAUAUGAGCGAGCUUCCCCACUCCACGAGCUCUUCGUCGAAGCCGACCCAAACUGAGGUCAAUCCCGAGAAAACCGUUGUUGUCACCCAAAACCCAACCAGCACACCGAAAGAAGAUGAUAAUAGCGGCGGCGGUGGCCCUAACGUGGCUGGGAUUGCCGCUGGUGUCGUCGUGGCUAUUGUCGUCGUGGCCGCUCUCAUUGGUGGCGGCUUCAUCUACAUGCGCCGCAAGCGAAACCUAGAACUUGAGGAGGAACAUCGCCGCAAUGCUGCUGUCAACGCCUUCAUCGGCAACAAGCCCCGAAGCAGCGGUGGCACCUCAAUGGCUGACGCGCGGAUGGACCCCGUCAUGGCCCACCGGAGGAUGAGUGACGGCAGUAUUGCCGAUAACGAAGAUUACUCCAGGAGGAUUCUUCGCGUCACCAACGCAUAA